AUGUCCUUGGUCACCUGGAUGCGUCGAGACCAUCCCAUUAAAGUUCUCCACAAGCCGCGCUCGUUCAGGAAACACGUAGUCCGGGAUAGGAGUUGCCAGUCUUCACCGCCGGAACUAUCAGCAUUCGCGUUCCUCUACAUCAGAUUCGCCGAGAAGCAAUUGCUUGAUCUGUCUGUCAACUUCAAGACGGUAAUUGGUCUCCAACGCUAG